UGUCAGUGCCAACGAUAUCUGAGGUGUUCGAGCCGCUGGAAAGAGCUCCUAGGCCUGAAAAAACUCUACCAAAACAGCAAUGCAAAGCCAGAAGAUCAAAAGGCGGCAUCAGCAUCCAAUCACAACAAUAGUAAAAAUGCGGCCAGAAGCUUGAAGCACUUUCUCAACCGCAGUUCAAAAUCAUCCGUAAACGCAUCCAUUGACUCAUCUUUAAGCCUCCCAUUAUUGAAGGACAUGGACAAUGAGUCGCUCUCAAUUUCCUCUCGGCUUUCACUCUCGUCUUCUUCAUCAGGUCACGAGCACGAUGAUCUCCCAAGGCUCUCUCUCGAUUCCGAUGAACCGAGUACUCUCUCCCGUAGCUCUCACCGGAAGACAAACACUCUUUCCAGAGUUCGAGUAGUUAGACCUAGGGCAUUAUCUUCAGAGAACCCUUGAACGGCAACUCGAGUGGCUCGUAGCCCAAUGCGGAGAGCACAGGAGCCUACUGCACAAUCGUGUGGAGUUUCAGCGGAUAGUCCUCGCAUGAACUCUUCUGGUAAAGUCGUGUUCAAUGGCUUGGAGAGAAGUUCCAGUAGUCCGAGCAGUUUCAAUGGUGGCCACGGAUACAAACACCGAGGAAUGGAGAGAUCUUAUUCAGCUAAUGUCCGUAUUACUCCGGUUCUGAAUGUUCCGGUUUGUUCACUUCGAGGCUCGUCGAAAUCUGGUGUUUUUGGCUUAUUUUCUUCGCAACAGAAGAAAGAUAGUGGCGGUGGCGGUAGUAGCAAUGGUGGUGGCAACAGAGACAGCAAAGUCAUAGCAAAGAACCGCACGGAUUGAACUUGAGAGAGGGAAAGCAUGUUUUGCGGUAACACCUCUCUUUUUUCACCUUCUACCCUGGUUUUCUAGCUUUCUGUUUUUUCCCCCUUUUUUUCUUUUAAUGUUGAUGCUUGAGUUUUUGACAGUGAUUAGGGAGUUCCUUUUGGUAUUUUUCCUGGGAGAUUUUUAGACUGCUUUAUGUACAUAAAUGAGGGAGUGGGAAUCUCUUUGUUUUUCUUUGGUUUGUUCCAACUCAAGUGCUGAAAUGUAAUGCUAGAUUUUCUCCGUUGUAA